UCCCAUGAUCCUUUGCGGUGCCAUCGAUAACAUCAGCUUCGAUUUGCUAACAACAUCGGCGCGGCGUAUUUUAUAUCCAUUAUCAAAUAUAUUCUCAUUUUUUCAAGGUUGACACUCGAUGCGUUUGUUUUGGAUAAGGUUCUGCUGAUCAGAUUAUAAAUUCACCGAAUAUCGUAGUCAAGACGUUGAUAGUUAGCCAUGUUGACAAAGGAAUCUAGUAUCUCUUCAUUCAGGACUGAGAGCAGCUGUGGGGCACCUUGCCCCUGGAUCUCCACAUUCCCAGAUUUCUGAAUCACACACCCAUGGAUCAGGACUAUGAGCGCAGGUUACUGCGGCAAAUCAACGUCCAGAAUGACAACACCAGUCCCAUGAAAGUAAGAGAUGUGAUCUGUCACCUGACCCCCACCCCUGAGUCACCGCUGUCAUCACCAAGCAAGCAUGGUGACAGGUUCAUACCAUCUCGAGCUGGAGCUAACUGGAGCAUCAACUUCCACAGAAUAAAUGAAAAUGAAAAGUCACCAAGCCAGAAUAAAAAAACCAAAGACGCAACAUCAGAUACUGGCAAAGCGGACGGCUUGGCGUAUUCUGCCCUGCUGAAGAAUGAGUUGCUUGGUGCUGGGAUUGAGAAGGUCCUGGAUCCUCAAACAGAAGAUAGAAGACUACAGCCCUCCACACCCGAGAGGAGGAGCCUCUUUAGUUAUUCACUCAGUGCCAAAAGAUCCACACCCGAUGAUAACAGUGUUUCCCCAUACUCCCUCUCCCCUGUUAGCAGCAAAAGUCAGAAGCUGCUGCGGUCACCAAGAAAACCCACACGCAAAAUUUCCAAGAUUCCUUUUAAGGUGCUAGAUGCUCCGGAGCUACAAGAUGAUUUCUACCUCAACUUAGUGGACUGGUCCUCUUUAAAUGUGCUCAGUGUUGGACUGGGGACUUGUGUUUAUCUUUGGAGUGCCUGCACCAGUCAAGUAACACGACUAUGUGACCUAUCAGUGGAGGGUGAUUCAGUUACAUCCGUGGGCUGGUCGGAGAGAGGCAAUCUUGUCGCUGUGGGUACACACAAAGGCUUUGUACAAAUUUGGGAUGCUACUGCCGGCAAAAAGCUGUUUGCCUUGGAGGGACACACAGCAAGAGUUGGUGCAUUGGCCUGGAAUGCAGAUCAGCUGUCAUCAGGCAGCCGGGACCGGAUGAUACUUCAGAGAGAUAUCAGGACGCCCCCUCUGCAGUCAGAGCGCAGGCUACAGGGCCAUAGACAAGAGGUCUGCGGACUCAAGUGGAGCACUGACCAUCAGCUGCUGGCCUCCGGAGGAAAUGACAACAAGCUGUUAGUGUGGAAUCACUCAAGCGUGUUACCAAUGCAGCAGUAUACAGAACACCUGGCCGCAGUGAAGGCUAUCGCCUGGUCUCCUCACCAGCAUGGACUGCUGGCCUCUGGAGGGGGAACGGCAGACCGCUGCAUCCGCUUCUGGAACACUCUUACAGCGCAGCCACUGCAGUGUAUCGACACAGGCUCACAAGUCUGCAACCUGGCCUGGUCCAAACACACCAAUGAACUGGUCAGCACACACGGUUACUCUCAGAAUCAGAUAUAA